AUGUUUGGGGUGUAUAGGCAGCUCACACAUGAAAGAGGAGCCGACGGCGGCGAGCGGGGGGGCAGCUCCGGGUCUUCUCUGCUUUGUGUUGCAUUUUUGCAGCAGCAGCAGCAGCAGCAGCAACACAAGCAACAACAGCAACAGCUGCAGCAGCAGCAGCAGCAGCAGCAGCAGCAGCAGCAGCAGGCUGCUGCUGCUGCUGCUGCUAUUGCGUUGCCACACAACGGAGAAGGGCUAACGCAGCAGCAGUUUCACCCCUGCGCAGCAGCCCCGCAGCAGCAGCAACAUCCCCAUCAGCAGCAACAGCAGCAGCAACAGCAGCAGCAGCAGCAGCGGCAGCAGCAGCAGCAGCAGCAGCAUGCACCAGCAGCGGACAACCAGGUUUUGUAUGGGUACAGCAGCUCCAGCCCCAGGCAGCAAGUUGCUGCUGCAGCUGAUAUAGGACGAGAGAAAGAAGAAGGAAGCAGCAGCAGAAACGCAGCUGCACACAGCAACACCCACCUGCUGCUGCUCGCGCUGCUGCUGCUGCUGCUGCUGCUGCGGCUGCUUCUGCUGCUAUUGCGUUGCCACACAGCGGAGAAGGGCCAACGCAGCAGCAGUUUCCCCCCUGCACAGCAGCCCCGCAGCAGCAGCAACAUCCCCAUCAGCAGCAGCAGCAGCAACAGCAGCAGCAACAGCAGCAGCAGCAGCAGCAGCAGCAUGCACCAGCAGCGGCAGAGCUCGGUGUAUGGGCCCACAUCAAACCCCCAGGGCCCCCGUCGUGCCUCUGAGCUGCCGAAGGAGAACAGGCUGCGGCAGCUGUCCCUGCAGCAGCAGCAGCAGCUGCUGGUGCGUCGACUGCAGCAGCUGCAGCACGAAAAACAUCAACAGCAGCAACAGCAACAGCAGCAGCAGCAGCAGCUAGAAGAACAAUCCCCCCGCUCUCACCCGCAACAACAACACCAACAGCAGCAACAGCAGCAGCAACAGCAGCAGCAGCAGCUGCUGGUGCGUCGACUGCAGCAGCUGCAGCACGAAAAACAUCAACAGCAGCAGCAACAGCAGCAGCAGCAGCAGCAGCUUCAGCAGCUAGAAGAACAAUCCCCCCGCUCUCACCCGCACCAACAACAACAGCAACAGCAACAGCAACAGCAACAGCAGCAGCGUCGGUACCCUCUUUGA